AACCACUAGGGAAAUCGUUUUCAUUUCGAGCUUCCUCUCCAUCACAAAGCGAAAAAGCUUUCCAAUUCCGAGUUUUAUGACGCACAAGCUGCUUUGAGUCGAUACCCCAAAUUAUUCCGCGGAGACAGGCGACUGCAUUGCUUACUGAUUUUAAUUGCGUUAAUAUUUACUACAACCUUCAUCAAAACCCCCAAUUCUAGGGUUUUUUUAUGUGUUAAAUUUCCCCAUUUGAUGAUGUUGCGGAGGUGUGCUUUGGCUCUUUCGCGCCGUCGAUCGAGCAUCGGGAGAGCAUCAGGGCAGUCUUCAACUCCUCAGAUAUUUUCAUCUGUAUACCCUAGGAGGGAAUUUUCCUCUAUUCCUCCGCAGAAUGCGUCACAAAGUCCUGGUUCAACAAGCAAGCCAACUGGGAAUAAUUUGACGAAAGUUCUUGUUGGAAGUGUUGCAAUUGGGGCAUGUUUCUAUGCAGCUUAUUCUAAUGGAUAUCUUCAGGGGCAGAGUUCUGAUCCAUUAAAGGUUGACAACUCAAAUACCGAGAAAUUGCCCAAAGGUGAUGGAGGCCACGAUUUCCUAAACAUUAAAGAGCCUAUAUCUGUGCGUACUAGCGAAGACUCUGAAACUCUCAAUUCUCAUUUGAAGGAUGCAAAGGAUGGUACUGAAAGACAGUCUGCCAUGGACCUUGUUGGAGAUUCUGGCAAAUAUGAAGGUGAAAGUGAUUUGAUUAACAAAAAUUCAUCAAGUUUGUCUAAUGACGCAUCUACAAAUGUCAAGGAGGAAGAUCUGUCAAAAAUUUCUGACGAUGUAUCUGCAAAAGGAGAACAGUUAUCUGAAUCUGAUUUGGAGGAAACUGUCAAGGAUGAAUAUUCAAGUUCUCAAAAACUAACUGAAGAUAGUGCAGACAUGAAAUUUUCUGGAGAAAAAGAUCACCUUGAGCGUCAUGUGGCUGAUGAAAUCCUGCCGACAAUUACUGAUGUUGGUGCCACUAUUCAUGAAAACAAUGCUGAUAAAGAUGAACUAACAGAGCUCAUAUCACGAAAUGAGACUAAGGACAAACUUGAUCCUGGAGAGGAUCCAUCAACAUCCCUUUUAGACACAUAUCAUUUGGAAGACAAGGCUGAUGACGAAGCUUCAACCAAAAGUGGGCAUACCAUUAAAAAGUCUUCUGCUAAGGAAGAGACUUCAUCCGAUACAUUAGGAGACUUGGGAGAUGCUUACGUAUCGAAGGAUGGAAAGUUGAUUCUGGAUUUCCUGCAAGCCAUCCAUACGGCUGAAAAAAGGCAAGCUGAAUUGGAUGCACGUGUCUUUGCUGAAGAAAAGAGGGAAAUGAAGGACAAAUAUGAAAAAGAGCUGAAGGAUGCAAGGGCUAGGGAACUCAUGUAUGCUGAGGAAGCAGCGAUGUUAGAAAAGGAGGUACAUAAAGAAAGAGCUAAAGCUGCCGCAGCCUUAAAGUCACUUCAGGAAAGAGCUGAAGAAAGGCUGAAGAAAGAACUUGAAGAUAAGGAAAGAGAAUCAGAGUCAAAGCAGAAAGAAAUCCAGGAUUUAGCUAAAGCUGAAAUAGCUGCGUCAAUUGCACGAGAAAAGGCAGCACAGAUUGAGAAGAUGGCUGAAGCAAAUUUAAAUAUAAAUGCCCUGUGCAUGGCAUUCUAUGCAGGAUCUGAAGAGGCUCGUCAGACUCACUGUUUUCACAAGCUUGCUUUGGGUGCACUUGAGUUGGAAGAUGCACUAUCAAAUGGGCUGCCUGCUCAGUCAGCAUUAGAUGCUUUGCAUGUGUAUAUAGAGAAUGUUGAUAAGGACUCAUUACUGCAGUUGGCUCUAUCAUCUAUUCCUGAAGAUGUUCGACUUCAUGGCACAGAUACUGUUCUACAAUUAAAUCAGAAGUUUGAUGCCUUGAAAGGGAAAUUGCGGCACUUCAGCUUAAUUCCUCCAGAUGGUGGUGGUAUUUUGGCACACUCCUUGGCUCAUGUGGCAUCCUUUUUGAAGGUGAAAGAAGCUGAUCAAUCUGGGGAUGGUAUUGAUUCUGUUCUAAAUAAAGUUGAGAGCCUAAUAGCCCAAGGGAAGCUUGCGGAGGCAGCUGAUGUGCUUGAAGAUGGUGUUAAAGGCAGCAAAGCCUCUGAAGUUGUUGGUGACUGGUUGAGAAGAGCUAGAAACAAAGCCAUUGCUGACCAAGCUUUAAUUCUCCUUCAAUCUUAUGCUGCUUCUAUCAGCCAUUCGUGAAGUCUGGGGCAACCCUUUUGCAUGCAAUGCAAGUCUCCCGGUACUCUCCCCCCUUCCAACUUUUGAAAAAUAUCGAGUCAGUUGUAGAAGACAUAGCAUUUGACCAUUGUACGGGAAAACAACACUUCAUCAACAGAAUAAAACAAUGAAUGGACCAUUCAUUAGACAGGUAUAAGGCUGAAAAGGGUUUGUGUAUACUCUCUAAACUACUUAUGUAUCUUAACAGUGUCAACAACGAGAAAGCUGCUGGUGCGAUUCCUAAGAAAAUGGGAAAGAAUGAAGUUUUGACUCUUACAAGUAUUCUUUCCUCCUAUUGUUUGUUUGUUGGUUCGGUAUUUUUUUUUGUUUGGUAAACGAAAUACGUUAAUGUGACUAGGUGACAUGAUAUGAUGGGAAAACUUGUAUGGUGAAGGCUAGUUUUCUUUGUUCUGGUGAGUGUCACUGAAAUAGACGAUUCAGUAAUUGAGUAUUGGUUGGAUGUUUA